AUGGGUGCUGCAAGCGCCUCACGUCUGCGCUGGACAGUUCCCCCGGCAGCAAUUGCGGCCUACACUGCGGGCCAAUGGACGCAGCCUAACAAGCGUCUCCAGAAAACCCACCUUUCCACAUCUUCUGCUCAGUACAACGCCAAUUCAAAGUCUCAGAACCAUUCGCCCGGCGAAAAUGACCCCCAAACGACCGAAAACCAGGGGUCUAUUUGGACGAAUAUUGUACAAAAGCUCGACGAAGUGAAACAUACUGUUGGAGUACCAGAGUGGAGUGAACUAGGGGGAGGCAUUACAAACUACAUUGUCCCCGAUUGGGCGCGAUUGCUACCAGCGACGGUUCAGAAACUCCAGCGCGAGCUUUCAGUAGCGCCUGGGUCUUUGGCAGACGAGAUCUGGAAGGAAGCACAUGACCCAGAGGCCAAUCCAGAGAUCUUGAGAAAUGCCAAGGUGCGUGUGAGCGGGGAUCUCUGCCAGGAGGAAAUAGCUUUUCGAAGCAAACGAAAACAACAUGCUGUUAAAGCAUUGUCAUCAUAUCUCAACAUCUCCGAGAGUGAUAUCCACCCGGAUGAUGUACCUGUUAUCGCCAUGUGCGGAUCGGGCGGUGGACUUCGUGCCCUAGUUGCAGGGACCGGGUCGUACCUAGCUGCACAGGAGUCUGGCCUGUGGGACUGUGUCACCUACACUGCAGGGGUCAGUGGCAGCUGCUGGUUGCAAACUCUAUACCACUCCUCAAUUACAGGUCGCAAUUUCAACAAGCUUGUCGAUCAUCUCAAGAGCCGACUGGAUGUGCACAUUGCCUUCCCACCGAAAGCGCUGAACCUCCUUACCACUGCACCAACCAACAAGUACCUUCUCAGUGGACUAGUCGAGAAACUUAAAGGAGACCCGGGCGCAGAUUUCGGGCUUGUGGACAUCUACGGUCUCUUGCUCGCGGCAAGACUAAUGGUCCCGCGAGGAGAACUGGGUGUUAUGGACUCGGAUCUCAAGCUGUCGAGCCAACAAGCCAAUAUACUCAGUGGUGCACACCCCAUGCCUAUCUACACAGCUGUGCGCCACGAAAUUCCCAUAGAGGAGGAUGAUCAAGGCAAGCGUGCGACACCCGAGCAGAUGAUGAGGGAAGCAAAACGCGAAGCCUGGUUCCAGUGGUUUGAAUUUACCCCAUACGAGUUUUUCUGUGAAGAACUCGGUGCUGGUAUUCCAACGUGGGCUUUGGGACGGCACUUCCAAGGGGGAGAGAGUCAGAUCUCCUCCGAGAACUUUCCCAUUCCCGAACUGCGGAUUCCAGGUUUGAUGGGAAUCUGGGGCAGCGCAUUUUGCGCAACUUUGUCUCAUUAUUACAAAGAAAUCCGACCUCUGGUGCGGGGUCUUACUGGCUUUGGUGGAAUUGAUACUCUUAUCCAAGGCAAGAAUAAAGAUUUGAUCCGAGUUCACCCUAUUGACCCGGCCGCCAUUCCGAACUACGUGAUAGGAAUGAAAGAUCAGCUCCCUGAAUCGUGUCCCGAGUCUAUUUUCCAAAGCAGCCAUCUCCGUCUCAUGGAUGCUGGUAUGAGCAACAAUCUCCCGAUCUACCCGCUUCUCCGGCCUGGUCGAGAUGUCGAUAUUGUCGUCGCCUUUGAUGCUUCUGCCGACAUCAAACAAGAGAAUUGGCUUUCAGUCGUAGACGGUUAUGCCAAGCAGCGAGGAGUUAGGGGCUGGCCUGUGGGUGCUGGAUGGCCCCGAAUGGAUACCAGUCUGGAAGCAGCAGAAGAGGCCCUACGCGAGCCACAGAAUAUCACAGAGGACAAGGUGAACCAGAAGAUGAGCGAAGCCCAAAAUCAACCUGAAAACCAGCCUGGUGCUUCGAAAAAGAAUAGAUCUGGUCACGACUUCGACUUAGGCUAUUGCAACGUCUGGGUUGGUACGACAGAAGAACGUACCUCCAAGGACGAACCACCACCAUCAAAGCGUCUUUUCCAUCCCGAUUCCACUACCGACCACUCCGAAUCGGAUUUCCACCUUAUGAGGCCAGAUGCAGGUAUUGCUGUUGUCUACUUCCCUCUCAUCCCUAACCCGUCGGCUCCUGAACUUCCACCUGCGACCAAUAAUCGACCACUAGCGGCUGCCCAUUCUAUGCAAUCCAAAGCCAAGGAGAAGCAGGACGGCCCCAUUCCUCAACCUAAUACCAUUGACCCUAACGUGGACGACUUCCUCUCUACAUGGAACUUCGUCUACUCUCCCGAUCAGAUCGACUCGGUUGUUGGAUUGGCAAAGGCCAAUUACUCCGAGGGUCAUGAGCAGGUGCGCCGAGUUGUUCGCGCAGUAUAUGAGCGCAGAAAGGCUGAUCGGCUGCGUCGGGAAGAGGAAGAAGCACGCAAACGCAUGGAGGGAUUUGUACCCCUGUAG